AUGUCAAAAAAAGAAAUGAAGGGAAUCCUCUGCGCUGAUGAAUCGGGUCUGAAUAUAUGCAAUCUUGGUACACUUAAGGACGGACCAGGUGACGUAGUGACUGAAUUGCUAAGGUUUGCAAGCUGUCUUGAACCAAACCCACAAGCGUCAUCUGUCACGAUUCACUUGAAAGGCACUUAUUAUUAUUAUUAUUUCUGUAUGAAAUGA